AUGAGCGAGACGCUGGAGGCGGCGCAACGCAUGGCCGAGGCCGUCACCUGCCCCGUCGUCGCGGACUGCGACAACGGGUUCGGCAACGCGAUCAACGUGAUGCGCACCGUCACCCAGUGCGAGCGCGCGGGCUUAGCGGAGGUAUGCAUCGAGGAUAACAUCUUCCCGAAACGGCGCAGCUUCUAUGAGGGGGUGCAGCGCGAACUGACAGCCCCGCACGAGCAUGCGCUCAAGAUCCAGUCCGCCGUGGAAGCGCGAACGGAUCCCGACUUCGUCGUCAUCGCCCGCACAGAGGCGUUCAUUGCUGGGCGGACUAAGGAUGAGGCCCUGGAGCGUGCGCGGGCGUACGCCGACGCGGGCGCCGACGCCGUGGUCGUGCAUUCCAAGUCGGAUUCGUUCGAGGAGUUGAGACAAUUCGCGGCUGCGUGGGACCGCUCGUCGUCUUGUGCGCUCGUUGCGGAUCCGACGACUUAUGAGGAUACCUCGGCGGGUGAGCUGUUUGCGGCCGGGUUCAGAGUGGUUGUCUUCGCGAAUCAGGCGCUUCGAGCUGCGGUGAGGGCUAUGCAGGACGCGAUGGUGGCGCUUCGGAGAGAGCGAGGAGCGGUUUCUGCCACGGCCUGA